CCAACAUUGAACAAAGAUGGCGGCCAGAGAGGGAAAAGAGGUUGACUUUUCUCAAAUUAAAAAUAAGCAAAGACGGAGUUCUCUCUACCAGAAAGAAAAGCUCAAGAAAGCAAAAGAAAAAAGGGAUAGAAAACGUAAACGAAAACAGGAGGAAUCACAGGAAGAAGGAGAGGUAAGGCAAUGAAAAAAAAAAUUAACAUGUAAACAGAACUGCACGUGGAUCCAUAUGCUUUGAGAAGGUAAACAGGGUUUCUUCUUGACUUGCAUUAUUCUGAUCGCUUAAUUUAUUAAUAAUCAAAGUGAAAGUGUGAUAGCACUUGCUUAUUAUUGUGUUGGAAUCAAAGCAUGCAUGCAGUGACAUGGUGUGUUAUUGACUUCGAAACAGCUGUUAACUGAGAUGUAUGUGUUUCAAACACGAAGCUUAACCCUCUAAACCCAAAGAGUUACCAGUAUCUAAUUUCUCCUUACAUGAAUACAGCUGAAUCAUUCAUUAAGAUCGUGAGAAUAAAUGAUAUGAUCGCCAACUCAAGAAGCUUUGAUCGUUUUACAAAUUCUCCUUUUUAGUACAAAAGGAAAUGUAAAGAGAAGGAUAUUAAGAAUAUGUAUUCUGAUGUUAGGAUAUAAAGGGUUAAAAUGACUGCUGUGUUGUUGAAAUAGCAGUGUUUAGACUGAUUGAUUGAAUGGCACAAGUAAAUGGCAAGUGCUUUGAAUGACAUUGUCCUAAUAUAGAAUCAUCCUUACAACUCAUUGCCAUAGUUUAAAUGUGUUUUUUUUGCUGCUUGACCAAUAAAUCAAGUUUAAAACUGUUGAAUAUAAGUAUAUUAUAUGAUGGGCUGUAUCCUACAUGUAUUUUGAUAGGUUCUUACUUAUGAUAUAUUGGAGGACAGAUGCAUAGAUUAUGUCACCACAAAUAACAUGUUACUUUUAUGAUAUAAAACAAAUGUUUUCCAUGUUGUCAUGGGUUUGUUCAUUGAUAGAUGACAGAAGUUGUAAAAAAGUGGUAAGAACAUCAGUGGCACACCCCGAUGUACCUUGUGUGCCUCUUUUCUGUUCUUACCACAUCACUGACAUCACCUGUGACCUAUUAAUGAACAGACACACAGCUGUUAAGCUGAUUCUCAGAUGUUCUAAACUGGUUCCAAUUAGAUGUCAAACAAAGAACAUCAGAAAAGGGAAGUAGGAAGGUAAAGGAAGAUGGUUCAGAUCCUCUGAGAAUCAUUCCUGCCAUGGUCAAAUUAACAUACAGAUUCCAUGUUGCCAUUGAUCUGCUCACAAAUAUGACAGAUGACAUUAAAAUGUGAUGAGAGCAAAAAAGUGGCACACAAGAUGUAGCCACUGCAAGUGUUUUACCACAAUUUGUUGUCUUCUAUGAUUAGGGAGGGGGUAUGAUACAGUAGUGAGAGUGCUUGCCUCCCACUGCUGCAGCCUGCUAUGGCAGGGGUUUGAAUCCUGGACCUGGCAUCACAUUACAUGUGGAGAAGAAUAGCCACCUGGAAUGUCCACUAUUAAACUCACAUUAAUAUUAUUAUGAUUAUAUGUAUUAUUACUACAGUAAAACUAUACAGAUCCAUGGCAACAUGGAAUCUACAUGUUUUGGAUGAUAAAAAAACAAAAUGUUGUUAACAAUGAUGUCAUCUAUGUGUCUGUCUUCCAACAGACCUUAAAUAAGAACCACCCAAAAUGUGUGUAUAAUUCAGCUCAUCAUGUAAAGGGUAGUUUCAAACUCUAAAUGUGACAUGUUUCAUAACAGCCUAAACCAAAGCAAGUUCCAAGAACUAUUGACAACACUCGCGUUGCUGAUGAGACCAUUGUAGAGCCACAGGAUGAGGAGGUAAGAUACUUGCCAAAUUAAAUUUUAAUUGUAGGUAACAAAUUCCUUAGCCUGUACUUGAGUUUUAGACACACCAGUAUCUAGAAAUUUGUAGUAAUGAGCAGAAUAAUUUGCCAUUUGUGAAUUUGUAUGUGCUAUUAUUACAGUUAUGGCAAGGGCAAAUUAUUAAGAGAGUGUUUAUAAUUACACAGGUCUUAAAAGAUGAAGAAAUUGAUGAGUUUGCGGCAUACUUUAGAUGCGAGGUAGUACCCAAGGUUCUUAUCACAUCAAGUGACAGAUCAAAAGUGGUAUGUUUGAAUAUGAAUACAGAAUUUUAAAUGUUAUGUUAUUUUGCUGAUUCCUUGUAUUCCUUGGAGUAAUCAGAUGAUACAGUCUCCCAACAGUUUUAAUACCUUUUCAGGGUUGUUAAAACGGUUUUGAGUAAGGGGACUGUGAUACAAAGUAGGCAGCACUAAACAGUUUCAUUCCCAUCAAUGUCAUGCUUCUGUGUUAAAUAUUGAACCAUGAGCAUUCAGAAGAGUCAGCUGGCUUAUUUGAAAAUCCUGCUCUACCCCUGAGAAAAGUUUCACAAACAGUCAGCAAAGAAGUACAACAUUGUUAGCAAGGGAAAUAACCUUUGGGAUCUUACAAGUGAAAGGAUUAUUUUGAGAACUGAUAUGAUAUGGAUCUUUGACAUUCUAGGAACUAAAUAAUGGAAGAGUGGAAAACAAAACUGUUAAACAUUCCCUAAAGCCCUCAUUUUCAAAACGAACACAAGUUAAAUACCUGUUUUGUUAAAUUUAAUUGUAUUUUCUUCAUAACAAAAAAAAAUUCGUAACCAUGAGUGACCAAGACAGAAUUUCUCCUUACAAUAUCAAUGCAAUAUCAACCAGAUAAGUGAUGAGAAUAAAGAAAAGUAUCAAUUUGGGGAUAAUUAGUUGAUUCGAUACUAAAUUCUCAGAAUUAACAUUACAAGAAUUGUAUGGUUGACAGUAAGGAGAAUUACAAAUUUGAUCUGGGAGUUAAGGGGUUUAAUUUUCAUUGUAUGAAGACAGGGGCUUGCUUAAUGAUAACAUCAACACAUAGUGAAUGAGUUAGAACAUUGAAGUUCCACAAAUAUGUUUACCUUAGUCUCUCUUAGUCUUUUAUUCAGUGAAUUUGUUUUACUGUUGUCUCUAGAAAACAGUACAGUUUAUGAAGGAACUUCAACACAUCAUCCCAAAUUCCGAGGUCCGUGUUCGGAAGGGUAUAGAUUUGAAGAAAAUUAUUCCUCAAGCUAAAGAAAAAGGAUUUACAGCUCUUGUUGUUGUCAAUGAAGACAAAAAAAUGCCAAGUAUCCUUUUUCAUCAGUGUGGGAUAUGAUGUUUGAAUCUGUUGGCUGCAUUUGCAUAGAGGAGGAUGGCUAAGGCCUUAAGCCUGAAAUUAUCAUAUUACCUGUAAAAUUUAUUCAGAAAGGUUCAGAAAAGAAGAUUUGAAGUCUUCCCUUUUAAGCUUGUGAUGCAUGCAAUACUGUUUAACAUACAUGUGAUGCAUGAAUAUUUCUUAAAAUUUUGGUGUGAAAUGGGAGUAAGACUCCCUUUGCUGGUCCACAUGGAGGUUGGUGUCUCUAGACUCUGUAAGGGAUAGGGGAGGGGGGAGGGUCAGCUUCAUGGCCAGUAUGAUCAUCUUAAUUCUUAGGGGUUAAAGCUGCAGAUUGCUGUAUUGCUUUACCUCCCACAGAUGUUAUAGAAAGUAUUAAGCACUCAAAGUUAAAAUGAUAUCUUGUAAACCCUUUCUGGAAAAUGAUAAAUAUCAAAGUACUUCUGCUUCUGGAAAUAGGUGGUUUGAAGUGGAGAACACCUCAUGUAAAAACCUUUUCACUUUUAAUAUUUUUUUCAAGGAACAAAAAUUUGGGGUUGUCUUAGUUUGAAGAAUUUUAAAGGUCAUCUGUAAUAUCUUUGCUUAGGAGCUCUCUCCAACAUCUGUACAUGAGUGGUUUUGUCCGUGUUUUCCCCUAACAAAAUGUUUUUAGAUGGAAUAGUGAUAAGUCAUUUACCAGAUGGACCAACUGCACACUUUAAAUUGACCAGCGUGAAACUUGGCAGGACAAUCAAGGUGAGGCAUGUUACAAAAACUGAUAUUCUUCCCUCAGAUGGUUUAAUCCUUUACACCCUAACAUCGGUUUGCAUAUUCUCCAUACUGUUCUCUAUACAUUUCCUUUGAUACUUAUAAGGAGAGUUUGUCAUACUAUCAGGCGCUUUUUCGAGUUUGCUAUCAUUUCAUUUAUUCCCUUAAUGUUAAUGUUUGAUUCAGGGGUGAUACUGUUGGGGGGAACUAGAUGCUUAUCCAACCCUAGGGGUUAAAAGGUUAAAUGAGGAAGUCAUUCCAUGUUUCCAUUUUUGCAAAAAGCCUCGUAGAGUAUUGUUACUGCUCCUGCUACUGAGAAAAUGGUUUAACAAAAGGGAAAAGGAAAAUCAGUUAAGGUUUUUCUGAUGUUGUUUUCAGGACAUCUAGAAAAAAAAACAAUUAGAGAGGUAGAGAUCAAAUUAUAAACUAAUUUACAAAUAUUACAACUGCAUUUCUCUGAAGCAUAACAUUAUUUAAUUAUACAUGACUAAAUGUGGAAGACAUGGUGGUGUAAUAUUUAGUGUGUUGGAUUCUGGGUGGAGAGGUCUGGGUUCAAGACCCGGCUAAUCCUUGUGUUGUGUUCUUGGGCAGAUCACUCCACUCUCACCAUGCCUCUCUCCACCCAGAUGUACCCGGGACUGGGUACUGGUGAAUUGUCAGGGAAGCCUGAUGAAAUGCAAGGGGGAAACCCUGUGAUGGACCAGCAUCCUAUCCAAGGGGGAGUGGUGAUACUGCUAGUUGCUUUACGCUAAGGAAACUGGGAUAAGCCGGGCUGGCUGAGCCACCUGGUACAAGUACAGAAUUAACUGUAACCACUUUAUGCAGAGGUAGAGGAGCUGCAUAAGACUAGGUUUAAUUUUGACAUGAAAUGAAAUAAAGCUUGUUGUUGUGCUUCACAAAGGUUUAUGUAUUUUCUUUCAGAACCAUGGUCGUAAGACAAGCCACAGACCAGAGGUUAUACUCAAUAACUUCAGCACACGUCUUGGCCAUUCUGUGGCUCGUCUUCUAGCUGCCCUCUUCCCUUAUGAUCCCCAGUUUCAAGGCAGACAGUGUGUUACUUUUCAUAACCAGCGAGACUUCAUUUUCUUCAGACAUCACAGGUAAUCACUUCAAGUUUGAUGAACCAUCACAAAAAAAUUUAUCCUCCUUACCCUGCUUUACAAUGACCUGCAAGUUUUUACAUCUCCCUUUGGCCAUAUAUAAUUGUUUUUGAAUUUUGAAAUUGCAUGUUUCACCUGUAAUCCAUUUAGCAAAUAGAUUUUAUGUUGCCAUGUGUCUGUACAGUAAUCGAUCACACAUGAUGUUGAAAUGUGGAAAGAAAAAGUUUAUGUUAUCUUCUGAUGAAUGUUUUUGUUUGAAAUUUAAAAAAAGCCAAAAAUUGUUAAUGAUGACAUCAUCUUUGCAUCUGUCCUGCAAUAGAUCAUUAGUAAGAACUAAUUAAAUUGUGAAGGUGAUUCAGCUUAUUAUGUAGUUGAGUUUUCUCCAUCCUUAACCUUCCCUGAUCCUUAGAGGAGGCAGCAUGGCUGAGUAGUUAGGAUGCUGGACUUGUAAUCGGGUGGUCCCAGGUUCAAGUCCUCCCCCACCCUGCUCUUCUCAGGAUUUGUUCUCAGUCAACCCAAGUUCAAUUCCUCUGCUGUGCUGUGUAAAUAGCCAACUGGUCUGCCUCCCACCGGUUGAAAUUUUCAAGCACUCUAUGUUUAUUUCAGUUAUUGUAAAGCACUAUUGGAUGGUGAUAGAAAUAGCAUCAUAUAAAUAAAGUAUUUAUUGAUAUGUUAUUUAUUAUUUAAUAUGUAUUGUAUGGUGGUUACAUGGUUAGUGAACUUGACUGGACUGAGGGUCUGAGCACUAUCUGACUCACUGUGUUGUGUUCUUUUACUAGUCCCUUCCCUCACACAAUACCUCUGUCCACUUAACCCUUUAACUCCCAGACCAAAUUUGUAAUUCUCCUUACUGUCAACCAUACAAUUAUUAUAAUGUUAGUUCAGAGAAUUUAGUAUUGAAUCAACUUAUUAUCUCCAAAUUAACAUUUUUCUUUGUUCUCAUUACUUAUCUGGUUGAUAUUGUAUUAACACUGUAAGGAGAAAUUCUGUCUUGGUCAUUUAUGGGAGUUAAAGGGUUAAGGGUAAAAAUAGGUACUGGCACACUGUCACUAAAACUUGACAAAGCACUGGAAGGUAGCCUUGUGACAGAUUCCUAUCCUGCCUGGGGAAAGAGAGGGGUGUUGAAAUAUUUGUAGUUGCCUCAUGCUACUGAAACUGGUGUCUUUUCCAACAGAUUAUGCCUUUUGACUUUAUAAGGCAACUGAACCCUUUCACUCCUAAGAUCAAAAUUAUCAGGUUUAUCUACAGUGCCUUUCUCAUUGUUUUCUAUCUGAGAAUUUGUAUUUAGGUAUAUAAAACUAUAUCCCUUAACCCUUUACACACUAACUUCAGUAUAUAUUUUCCCCAUACUGUUCUCUAUACAUUUUCUAUGGUACUGACAAGGAGAAUUUGUUUAACAAUCAAGAGCUUCUUUAGUUGGUGAUCAUUUCCUCUAUUCUCAUGACCUCAAGGUUUGUUUUGACUGUGAUAUUGAUGGGAGAAAUUAGUUGCUAAUCACUCUUGAGGUUUAAAGGGUUAACUGAUAUUUUUCUUUUCUCUCUUCACCUCUCUGCUAAAAAAAAAAAUGUAUUGGUACAGUUAGGAGAAAUUCCCUAUUGAUCACUCUUUAGAGUGAAAGGGUUACCCCUUUAACUCCCAUGAGUGACCAAGACAACAUUUCUCCUUACAAUAUCAAUACAAUAUCAACCAGAUGAGUGAUGAGAAUAAAGAAAAAGAUCAAUUUGAGGAUAAUAAGUUGAUCCAAUACUUAAUUCUCUGAACUAACAUUAUAAGAAUUGUAUGGUUGACAGUAAGGAGAAUUACAAAUUUGGUCCAGAAGUUGAAGGGUUAACCUUAUUAUCUUUUUGAAGACAAUGAAUUUUUUUUUUUUUUCCAGAUAUAUUUUUAAGAACCAAAAGAAGGCAGGGCUGCAAGAAUUGGGCCCCAGAUUUACACUUAAGCUCCGCUCUUUACAACGAGGAACUUUUGAUUCCAAGUUUGGAGAAUAUGAAUGGAUUCAUAAGGUUUGUACAAUUGAAUUUCAGGAGGAACAUAAGCUUACUGUAACAACAACAAUAAUUUUUGGCACGUGGCUUUUGAAAAGUGAUUACUUUGAAUGGCUUCAAUAGAACUUUUUUUUUUUUUUUUAUGGAGGCAAUCUUAAGAUGAAAAUGAUUUGUUCUAAAAUGAUACAACAUUCAACCCAAAAAGAGAAUUUAUUUACUAGAAUAGUAUUUUUUUCCUAUCACUCAAGAGCUUCUCAAUUUUUGUUAUCUUUCUGUUUUGCAGAGAAAAGAGAUGGAUACAAGCCGCAAAAAGUUCUUCCUUUGAUCUUACAAGAUUGCCUGGAGUAAUUUAAUCAUCUUUUUUAAUUUAGAUACUUAAUCUCUCUUAGGGAUUUCACCUCUCUUUGAGGCAGAGGACUUUCUUUUCUUAACCCUUCACAUCCUAGAAUCAGUUUGCAUAUUCUCCAUACUGUUCUCUAUACAAUUCCUAAGGUGCUGGUAAGGAGAAUUUGUUCAACAAUUUUGGGAUUCUUUAGUUGGUGAUCAUUUCCUUUAUUCUUGUGACCUUAAUGUGUGAUUCAGGGGUGAUAUUGUAAGGAGAAAUUAAAUUCUAGUCUCUCUUAGGGUCAAAGGUUUGAAGGAACCUAUUAGAAAAGGGAGACUGUAUUUAAACUUUUAGUAAUCUGUGAGACGGCCAGAUAUAUUGCUCAAUCCCUCAAGAGUUAAUAAAAAUUAGCAAUUUGAAUUGACUUAAAUGUGAAAAAUCUGCUCAGAGAACCAUCAACAACUCGAUCAUCAUCAUCAUCUUUGUAUCAACUAUGAUUAUUUCCAUUGUGUCAAAUUCUCAUAGAGUGAAAAUCUAUGAAAAAAAAUGCUCUUAUCUGCUUCUGUAUCCUCUCCAAAGUAAGGCUCUUACUUCAUAGGUAGGGAUAUAAAAAAGUGAAAAUUGCUAUUUGCCAGAAAUACAAAAAAGUAUAUUUCUUCAAAGUGAAAUGUUAUGCCUUCAGUUACUUGUAAAAUAUUUUACAGA